UUCCAUCCUGUCGACAUGGGGUGAGGGCAUCUUGCAUAUUCCGAACACUGACUGUGCAUAGAUUCAUUGAGGACAGGCAUGAGAAAUACGGCUGACCUCGACCUUACGACCGACGCUGGCAUCCUCAGUUAUCUUGUCACUACCCUUCCGGCUGAUUUUCCUCGUGCAGUCGAGGUGACAAGGCUUUCGGGAGGCCAUGCGAACUUUGUCUGGCGCGUCAAGUUUGCGGGGACAAUGGAAGACGGGAAGAACACUGCUAUAGUCAAGCAUGCGGAGCCAUUUCUUGCAGACGACAGGGAUGUUCUACUUGGGACCAUUCGAAUGAAAUAUGAAUAUGAGAUAUACACCCUCUUUGCAAACCGCUCUCCGCUGUUGCCGUAUCUGCCCGAAGAUGGCCCGAUACAUGUCCCAAAGAUCUUCCAUUAUGAUCCUGCAACACCCGUCUUGUUGGUUCAAGAUAUAGGAGUACAUCUCGAUCUCAAGACUUUCUUCUCCACGCAUAAGCCGUCUGAUGAUGAGGCGGUUGCAAUGGGACGCGCCUUGGGGACCUUCCUCGUUGAUUUUCACAGCAAAGCGGCCGACACGGAAAGCAAGGCCAAGUUGAUGGAGCCUUUUGAGAAUGAGCAAGCGAGGAUGAUCAUUCAGGCGGCCGUUCACGACAGAGUUGGGACUAUCUUGGCUGGUGUCAAUAGCCUUUCCGCUGACACCCUUCAAGCGGCUACUGAGAGUGCAAAGGCUUUUGGCGCCGAGUUGAUGGAAAGCAGAGAAACUUUGAUAAUGGGUGAUUUCUGGCCUGGUAACAUCAUCGUAGAGAGUGAUGCUACUGGUCGAUAUCUUGGAAAGCUAUGGAUCGUGGACUGGGAAGUCUGUCGGUACGGCCUGAGGGCAAUGGAUGUCGGACAGUUUAGCGCUGAAGCCUACCUGUUGUCGCAUUUCAGAAAUCCUGUUGCACGAUCCAUGUUGACAGCCUUUCACCGCGCAUAUGUAACAGGAUUUUUGAAAGGGAAACCGGAGGGCCUAAGGAGAACAUUCAUGCGGCAAGUGUCUGUCCAGUUUGGAUCACAUAUUGUUGCGUGGGCCGAGUUUGCGGGGUGGACCAAGGAUCAGCAGAAACUCGAGGAAAUCUUGAAAGUUGCAGCCACUUAUAUAGAGAAUGCUACAGAACAAGACAAUUGGGAAUCCGGAGAGUUGGCUGAAUUAGCAGAUUUCCUCCACUCGACAGAUAAUUGAACCUAGUAUAAAACCCUUCAUUCAAUAGAAUGCUACAAAAUAACAAAAACAUUCGUCGUGUGAAAGCUCCCAA